CGGAAGUGGUCCGCGAGCGAAUUUUGCCAGGAGAAUGAGCUAAAGAGAAAUGGCGCCUCAAUGCCGUGCUCACUGAGGCAGUGUACGGACGGAUAGACAGACUAAACAAGGGCAAAUAAGCGGAAAAAUCAUGGUGAACACAAGAAAGAGCUCUCGGCAUGAGCCGAGCACUCUCUUCAUCUCGUCCAGGACCCGAUCAUCCGCCAGGAAUGAAGAACAUGAAGAACAUAAGGAUCCCAGCAGUGAUGUGAGCAGUCCUAGCAGUCCUCGAAUGUCCCCUCCCUCGAAGCGGACCCGUAGACAGAACCCCCCAAGCUCCAGCAACAUCACUCCCUCGUCCCAGGCCAAGAGCCAGAGGGUCUCCUGGGUCAUGCCCACCCACCGCACCAGGUUGUCAUCUGGCGCCCUGCAAAAUGGACAUGCCCAUAAGGAGGAGGGGGCAGGAGACCACUCUCACAUGAACGGCCAUGUUGACCUGAAGAGGAGCUGCCGAGUGAGGAAGAGCCAGUUUGAACACCUCAACCAGAGCCUGCUCUUUGACCAGCUCGUCAACAGCACGGCGGAGGCAGUUCUUCAGGAGAUGGACAACAUCAGCAGCAUCAGACAGAACAGGGAGGUGGAGAGACUCCGCAUGUGGACUGACACUGAGGUGGAAAACAUGGACAUGUAUUCUCGUGUGAAGAGGAGGAAGUCACUGCGCAGGAACACCUUUGGCAUGCAGGCUCACCACAAAGCCAUGAGCAAGACGGAGGAAGAGGAGGAGGAGGAGGAGGAAGAGGGUACUGAAGAGUCUCAUGGGGAAGAGGAGGAUGAUGAAGCGGAGGAUGAGGAUGAUGAGGAUGGAGACGAGGCAGAGGAGGUAGGAGAGGAGAAUGACAGACCGUACAACCUGAGGCAGCGCAAGACUGUACAGAGAUACGAGGCUCCACCUAUUGAGCCCGUCAACAGAAAACAAACCAAUCCCUCACUGUUUGACACCCACAGAUCCCCAGCUAGGAGAAGCCAUAUACGAGUGAAGAAGCAUGCUAUCCACAGUAGCGACACCACGUCGUCGUCUGACGAGGACAGAUUCGAGAGGAGGAAAAGCAAGAGCAUGAACCGGGCCAGGAACAGGUGUCUGCCUAUGAACUUGAGAGCAGAGGACCUGGCCAGUGGGGUGCUGAGGGACAGGGCCAAGGUGGGAGCUAGCCUCGCUGACGUGGACCCCAUGAAUCUGGACACCUCAGUGAAGUUUGACAGCGUAGGAGGGCUGUCCAACCACAUCCAGUCCCUGAAGGAGAUGGUGGUCUUCCCACUCCUCUACCCAGAGGUUUUCGAGAGGUUCAAGAUACAGCCACCAAGAGGGUGUCUGUUCUACGGCCCACCAGGUACAGGGAAGACCCUAGUAGCGCGGGCUUUGGCCAACGAGUGUAGUCAAGGUGACAAGAAAGUGUCUUUCUUCAUGAGGAAGGGCGCUGACUGCCUCAGCAAGUGGGUCGGCGAAUCAGAACGACAGCUACGCCUGCUCUUCGACCAGGCAUACCUGAUGAGGCCCUCCAUAAUCUUCUUUGAUGAGAUAGACGGGCUGGCCCCAGUGCGCUCCAGCAGACAGGACCAGAUACACAGCUCCAUAGUGUCCACUCUGCUGGCGUUGAUGGAUGGCCUGGACAGCCGAGGGGAAAUCGUGGUGAUCGGUGCUACCAAUAGACUGGACUCCAUAGACCCUGCUCUACGGAGGCCUGGACGCUUUGACAGGGAGUUCCUCUUCAACCUGCCUGACAAGAAGGCCCGAAGGCAAAUCCUUGAGAUCCACACUCGGGACUGGAACCCCAGACUGGCUGAGCAGUUUGUGGACGAGCUGGCCGAGAAAUGUGUCGGUUACUGCGGAGCCGACAUCAAAGCACUUUGCACAGAGGCGGCCCUGGUGGCACUGCGCCGGCGAUACCCCCAGAUCUAUGGCAGCAGUGUUAAGCUGCAGCUGGAUGUCAGUACCAUCGUGCUGGGGCCUGGGGACUUCAGCCGCGCCCUGCGUACCAUCGUCCCAGCCUCCCAGAGAGCCCAGGCCCCUCCAGGCCGAGCCCUGGCCCCCAACAUACGCCCCCUACUGGCCAACACACUGGCCACAGUGCUGGAGGUCCUGCUCCGAGUCUUCCCCCAUGCAGAAUCACAGCACAGGGAGAGUAGAGGAGACGUUGACAAUCAUCUGCUAGAGGAGGAGUUCAGUGAAGAGGAGACAGACGGAGCAGCUCCCUCCAUCUACAACCUACAGCCUGGAUCCCCAAAGACACACACACACCCCUCCUCUACUGCACACACACCCUUCCUACACUUCACCACAUCAGCUCUCCAUCAGCCCACGUCGUACCGGCCUCGACUGCUGCUGGCGGGUCCCCCCGGCUUGGGACAGGGUUCUCACCUGGCCCCUGCUGUGCUACACCACCUGGACAAGCUGUCUGUCCACUGCCUAGACCUGCCCACACUCUACUCUGUCAGCGCCAAGACACCCGAGGAGUCCUGCGCUCAGGUGUUCCGUGAGGCGCGUCGGAGCGUGCCCAGUGUGGUGUUCAUGCCUCAUAUCUGUGAUUGGUGGGAUUCGGUUAGCGACACUGUAAAGAAUACCUUCCUCUCUCUGCUCCAGGACGUCCCCUCUUUCACCCCCCUCCUCAUCCUCGCUACCACAGAUACCUGCUACACACAGCUACCACAGGAGGUGAAGUUGAUGUUCCAGAGGACGUACGGGGAGGUGGUCAGUCUGUCUCCACCUGGAGAGGAGGACAGACGGAGGUUCUUCACUGACCUGCUACUGGUACAGGCUGCUAGAGCGCCGCUACACAGGAGACACACAGCCCUGCGGUGUGAGGAGGUGCUACCGGUAGCAGAGGCCCUGGACGCCAGGGUUCUCUCCCCCGAGGAGCAGCGCCGUCUAUCCGACCAGGAGGAGAACACUCUGAGAGAGCUGCGUCUGUUCCUCAGGGACGUCACCAGGCGCCUUGCCGUAGACAAACGCUUCAACAUCUUCAGCAAACCUGUCGACAUCGAGGAGGUGUCAGACUACCUGGAGGUGAUCCGUCAGCCCAUGGAUCUGUCUACUGUCAUGACAAAGAUAGACACCCAUAAAUACCUGACGGCCAAUGACUUCCUGGUGGACAUAGACCUAAUCUGCAGCAAUGCCCUGGAGUACAACCCUGACAAGGACCCCUCAGAUAAGAUCAUCCGCCACAGAGCAUGUAGUCUAAAAGACACGGCCCACGCCAUGAUGACCUCGGAGCUCGACCCCGAGUUCCACCGAAUUUGUGAGGACAUCAAGGAGUCACGCAGGAAGAGGGACCUCCAGACUCCGGCAUUGCCGCCUGUCUCCCCGGCUGCCGUGGUAACCACCAGGAAGCCGGCUGGAGAGGAGAACGCUGGAAACAGCACUCAGGGACAGACCGUCGACAAGCAGCACUGCCGCAGCAAUCACAUGAAGAGGAAAAUGCGUCGGCGGCCAUCUUGGGGGCGGGGCAUCAUCAGGAAGAAGAAGAGCUACAAGAAGGGAACGGAGGAAGAGGAGGAGGAUGAAGGUGCAGAGCCUGAGCCAGAGACGGCGGGACCCAGCGAUUCCUGUCUGACUCAGGAUGAAGAGUCUUCCUGCGACACCAUGGACCCUCAGCCCAACGGACACCACACACACCCUCACACACACAGCCUCUCCACGGAGGAAGAGCGCUCCAACGAGGCACCUAGGGGUCAGAGCACAGAGACCGAGACCCAGGGGGAGAGUAGGACAGGGACAGGGCCCAAGAAAGAAGAGACACCGGCUACAGACGACAAAGCCAAAUCCACCUCCACAGACAAAGACCUCCAGUCUAAAAGCGAGUCUUCCCUGUCUAAAUGUGAAGAGUCUCAUUGUAAAGACGAGGAGCCUCAAGGCCAGGACAAGUUGAUCCAGUCUGAAGGUGAGGGGUCAUUUAAAGAUGAAGAGCUCCAGUCUAAAGAUAAGGGGGCCGAAGGCGAGAAGUCCCAAGCCAAGCCUGAUGAUCCCCAGCCUAAACACAAGGAGGCCCAGGUCCAGUCCAAGGCUGAGCAGCACUCGUCAGCCCCUAGGGCGGCCACAGCGCCCCCUGUCCCUCGGGAGGAGAGUGUGAACGGGGAUGAGUCCAUGGACAGCCUGGACUCACAGGCCCUCAAGAGCUCUGAGACAGAGGAAGGGCCUACAGAGGUCACGGGUGAGGGGGCAGAGGGGAAAGAUGAUGAGGUGUCGAUGUCCGCAGAGAGCAGAAGUAUUCAGGAGCGCCCUCCUCAGGACGGGAGGAAAGGAGACACUGAGACGGGCGAGGAGGAUCACCAGCAGGAUAGAGAAGGCGGGUCCAAGGGAAGGAUGUGCAGAAAGAGUCAAUCAGAGCAGUCGAAGGGAUCGGCUGACAUGACAGAGGAGGAGUCUCCACAGAUCCCUCCCACUCCACCACCUCCACUAGUGGUCGAUCACCAGCGACUCAUGGUCCUCUUGGACACCGUUGUAGAGAGGAGUGAAGGCUACAGCGUGGAGCGCUUAGAGAGACUCUUCUCUCUCCUCAGUCAGUGCAUCUACCAACACCGCCUGGACUACGACAAGACACGGCUACUGGAGGAGAUGGAGAGGAAAGUCCAGAAUUUCAUUACAUUCCUGUGAGACCCAGCGAGACAGUCAGGUUGACCCUGAUUUAGACUCUGAACACACACACGGGCGAGAGGGACAGAGACCAGCCUUUGGGCCAAGUCCUUACACACAGAGCAAAUACAUAGCCCUGGUCUUAAAGUAAACGACAGAACAAGGAAAAAUAAAGACCAAGGAGAAAAAGAGAGACUUUCUAUGGUGCUAUAGUCUCAGGUACCCUGGUCGGACCCAGACACAGUCUACAACCAAACAGACUCAUAGACACGCGCACACAGACAUACACAGGAACGGUGAAAGGGGCGUCCCUGGUGCUAUUCAGGUGCUAACCUAAUCCAUGGGGCUCUGGGGAGUAACUCAGAAACUAACUAACCAACAAAGCAGAUUGGGUGAUGUCAUAUCUCAAUACGGCCUACUUUUGAACUGACCAAACGUACAUGCACACACAUAGACACACACACCCGACAUGUAAGCUACAUAUGUGCUUAGUUAUACACACAGUAAUCCCAGGCACAGAUUGUCACCAGCAGUGUGUGUGUGUGUGUGUGCAGUUAGCUAGGAGGUUGAGGCAGUCUCCUGUUUCGUUACCAUUGCUGAGCCCAUCUCCUCUCUCAGUACUGUACUGAAUCAGCAUCAUAGGCCAGUCAUCUCAUAGAUACAACAGCUUACAGAUCAUACUUAGUCAUUCAAACAGCUCGGUUUGAUUAGCAUCUGGAUCUAAUCAAUCAAUAUAAUUGAUAGAAUUUUGAUUGAUAUGGAUCUAAUAGCCACCCUUCUCGCCCAGUGUCCAUUAAAUGUUUUGAACGUGACGAUACAGUAAGUUGAUGUUGAACUGGUGGGCCAGAAUUCCGAGCCAUACAUUACAUAGGGAUACAGAAAGAUAUGGCUCUGGUUAGAAUCAAUUGCCAACUGGCAAACUGAUUACAAGAACAUCAUAUGGCUCUGGUUAGAAUCAAUUGCCAACUGGCAAACUGAUUACAAGAACAUCAAAUCCCCCUUAAUAAUAAAACGUGUUACUGGAAUGCAUCAACUGAAACAAAAUUGUCUGUCAACAUCAAACAAGCAAGUAUUUUUUAGCUUUUCACAGUCGUAUCAAACAGAUUGGCAUGUGCUGCUUGUGGUAGCUGAAUCACGUCUCUGUCUGUAAUUCAGUCCGUUUUUUCUUCCACACAAGCUGUGCCCUGCUAGUUUUUAUUUCCUAUCCAUCCACACCAAACUAACUGGAAGCGAUUUAAUUGGACACUUCUUGUAGUUUGCACUGCCUAGCAUGUGCCUUAUUUAACCCCCAAUUAACUUUCAUAUUUCUGAAAGAACGUUUUUUCUUUCAACUGUUCUGUUCAAUGUAGUGCAGUACAGUGGGUUCGAUGUAGGCGUUUCCCCCUUACUAACCACAGAUCUAGGAUCAGUUCACCCAACUCCCAAUCCUAACUUUAACCUUUUGUGGGGGAUAAUAUCUGACCCAGGACCAGCGGAUAGAGGUCACUUCUACAGUACCGAACUCAGGAUAGUCACAGUAGGAAAGAAGAUCUGCUUUUAAAAUAGUAUUUUCCUACGCAGGUGGGAUAAGUAAAGAAGGAUUUUGAGGACAGUAGGGUUUUUAUUAUUUAUUCCGUGUGGACGGAGGUAAAAAAUUGUGGUGCCAUUUUUCCCCAAAAUAAAUUCCCUCAAUUAGGUGCUGAGUUUUGGUGCGACUACGCCUGUUUGUUGCGCAUUUGUUAGAUAUUUGUUUUUAACCUUUUUCAAUUUUAUACGAUACGUUGGCAACGAUGUUUGGAUUGUUAUUGCAUUGAUUGUGAAGCUUCUGAUGCUGAACAAGGCCAUUCUGUUGAGGUUAUAACAGCAUUAUAUUGUUUUUCUUAAUUCAUUUGUUGAUGCUUUUGUUUUUUUAUUGUCUACGCCUGAAGGCAGUGGAAGGGGUGUAAUCCGCUAUUGCAGAUCCAUGUUAAUCUUGUGGUAAAGAUAUAUGCAUUUGCUUUUCAACUUUUUUUCUUGGCUUUCCUUGGCGACGGAUAAGUUAAUGUUUUGACCAGAUGUGGCCAGCGUCAGCCGCUGGGGUCAAACAGACAACCCUUUUACUCUUUCACAUUCAAAUAAUUCAUAAUGCCAGGGUUCUAACUCAACUCAGGUCCUGGAUAACUACUAGGUGUACAGGCUUUUGUUCCAACCAAAACACCUGUUUCAAAUAAUCAACUAAACAUGGUCUUCUUCAGUCUGGAUCACAAUUGGGCUUUAUCAAAAUCCUGCACCACCUAGUAGCUCUCUAAGAUUGGAGAGUUAUAAAGCCCUGCCUCAUGCUGAACCAAACUCCAACCUCCGGUGCUCUCCACCCUAACUCCACCUCUGCCUUCUCUUGGAUCGCUGGGUGAAGAUUUAACAAAGUUAAUCAUUUAAGAAUAUGCAAACUAGCAUUUUGAGGCGUAAGCAUUGGACUACUGCAGAGAGAAACAAAGCUACCUCAGCUUAAUUUAUUUUAAUGCUAAUAUGACAAACAGUUUACUGGGUGCGAACAGUAUUAGGCCAUGUUCCAAACCAUCGUCACAACACUAGUACUGCUAAGGUACUGGAUCAUCAGCACAAGUUCUGUGGCUGCCGCGGUAACACCAGUUUGUUUGGUUGGUUCUCAUCUUUUCUGUUUGUUUCUGGGUUAUCUUUAUUGCAUUUGAGCCGAGACAAAACAUACAGCAUUUAAGUUCAAGGAAAUGUCAAACUGUAUAUUUCAGUUCUGUAGACAGUCGUCCUAAGAUUGCCUUCCUUUCAGAUCGCACUACUACACUAUUUUACAGGCUAUUUCUAGUCUUCUGUCCAUUUAACCACGAUCUCCUCUUUUUAAAUUGAGCUCGAUUGUGUUUGCAGACUCAUCUCUUUUUCUCGUGGUGUUCUAUUUUCUUUUUAUUUAUUAACAUAAUUAUUCAACAUGUUUUUGUCUAAUAUCCAUUAACUGUCUUUGUAUAUUUGAAAAAUUUAACAAAUUGGGAAAAGUUGUUACUCAAAGUUAUUUGAGCUUAGUGCUGAGGUAGCGCUUGUGUAACAGGUUUUGGCGUGUUUCGGGGAAUAAAGGAGGUUACAGGUGUCUCAGGUUUCUUCAGGCUACACAUUUAUUCCAUUGUGGUGAUGUUUUUUCUUUUGUUUUGUGGUUAUGGACUGUGGCAUACUGGACGAGGCUAACGUUGACUUAUCAGAAUUUUUACUUCAAAAAAUACAAUAGCGUGUUGGUAAUGUAAAUCUUAUUCGCAUUGCAGACUCAACCAAGUAAUAGUUUGUCAGCAUUAUUAUUUUUUUGAAUUUGGGAAUAAAAUAUUUGGGUUUUAGAAUGUCAUACAUUUUUGUCAUCCUCUCGUUAUUCUUGUCUAUACAUUUUAGCUAGUUUGGACAAACAACCAAUUUUUGUCUGGUAGUUGAAAACGACUUAGUCCAGUAUGCGGAAUGAGCACAAUUCUCCAUCACAACUUAAAUUUGUUUCUUAUUUUAUCAUUAAAUACUGAGUUUUCCUCUUUUCGGGUGGGAUUCAUUGAGUAGGGUUUUUUCCCGUAGCAUCGCAAUGUUUAAUGAUUUCUUUGAGGUUAGUGUAUUGAACAUCCUCUUCCCAUUCGUGUUACUUUAGUGUGUUAUAUUUUAAAUGAAACCUUUACUGUAUUUCUGAAAUAAACUGCUGUGAUAAACUUGAAUAAAGGUGCAAAUUGUA